GGUUGUUUCAGGGUUUGAUAAAUUUAAACUCCAAAAUAAUCAAUGUUCUUGCAUAAAUUCGCGAUGGACAUAUUCUUAUUCGCAAGCCGAACAAAGCAAUUGCAAUCUUAAUCCGCCUAAAAGCGAUGAUACCUUCAUGAAGUCCAAUGUCCCACCUUCUACCGCCUUAAAACAACACCCACAAAACAUCAGCCAUAUCAUAGUAUCGCCAACACAUCUGAGCCGAUUAGACUUGAGCAAAAUUAUGUGGAAUAUAUAUACACGCCUGGGGGUGUUCAACCUAUAUCGAGGUAGGUAUUGAUCAGUGCUUUGUCUAGUAUCAGUAAAUAAAUAAAUAGGAUUUAGCGGUGGAAUUCCAAAAGUCGUUUCUCAUCCUCUUAUUCCAAAUUUUAGAGGUUGACUUUUGCAGACAUGAGGAAAACGCUCGAAAAACAGCAGAAAAUCAACUCAACAAACAACUCUACUCACGGCGGGACUCGAACGCCGAGAGGCGAGCGUACUUCCCUAAUGCUAAGAUAAUUGAGAUAUGAUGAUUACUCACGAAUAAGUGCGGGGAAACCCCAGGGAAAAAAUAUCGUCGUCGGAAAUUUAAAAAAAAUACACCUAAAAGAUAACGGAAAUCUUCUAAAAAUGCAUGGCUGGGCGAUUUUUAACCCCACAAAUGUAUUCCAUGUGUUGAAAAAAUGUAAUGUCUGAGUUUGGAAGAGCUAAGCGAGACGAAAGGGGGAGCGUCUUCCUCCGCUACACUACGCUGACCUUGAUUCCUAAGACAGCAUUUAAUAAAGGUUGAUCGGUUUAUAGGUAGUCGAAUUGUCAGAAAAAUCCUUCUUUGAGGAUAUUGCAAUCUUAUAAUUUAGUUCAUAGCAAUAAAAGAAAGUUAAAUUAGGAAAAUAGCUGAAAUGAUCUGAGUUGGGGGCAGGUGUUAGCCGACCUUGAUCAUCUCGUAUCGGCGAGGAAAAAGACUCAUUAUAUCGUAUGAAUAAAAGUAUUAUGUUUACUGAGCGAAAAUACAGUACGUCCUGUAAUAAAAAGGAUGUUGAUUCGGAUUGGAAAUCAUUACUAGUUUUGAUCAAAGAUUUAUACUGAAUCAUAGAAUCCUCGGAGGGAGAGCUGUAGUCAUAUUGUCAUAUUUUGAUCUUCAGUUUGUCAAAAUUUAAUAAAUUAAUUGCAAUGAUGACCCACAUCAAACAGGGGAAUUUGAAUCAUUCAGAAAUAAUGAGAAAAUCAUUUAAAAACUAACAAACAAAUACCUGACAAAUUAAAAAUCAAAUUCAAAACGUCUAAAGCAAUCAUGGCGGAGUGUUUUUCACCAUAAUCAGUUUGUUAUAUUAUAACUCCAACUUUUCUUCAUUAAAAGCUUAAUAAUCCCAGGCUGUUAGGAAAGGAAGUAUGGAUUCUGUUUCUUGACAAAUUGAGGUUGAUUAUUCUUAAUAAGCUAUACAGAUAGUCAGAAUAGCAAUUAUCUUUUAUCUAUCUGUCUGGUACCUAAAUCUGAAAUCCUUUAUUGGAUUGGAAUCUCGUUUACUGCCCAUAAAAAACGUAUAAAAACGACGAACUCGUCUGUCACGUAUUCAUCUAUAGAACUAGUUGUACUAUUCGGAACUCAAUCGUAUACUUCCGAAUAGAAAAGUUUUUAACGUUGAAAAGCUCUUAGUUUAGGCAGGAUUUUAUAACGUCCUGUCCAAGCUUGUGAAACUCGUGAACAAUUUUAGAGGCGACAAGAGACGCCUACUUUAAAAUAUUUUCGGACGAAACGAGGUUUGCUUUCACAAAACGAGAUAAUUCAAUAAAAAUCGGAAUUAAAAAAAAAAAAAAAAAAAAAGGAUUCGCAAACGAAUUGUGUUUAUCUACCGAGGGUAUAUAUGUUGAUAUAAAUGGGCGGUGAUUUGUUGCGGACACACGCAUCAUGAUGACACAGUGACAGGAAGUGCUGCCCGACACCAAAUGACUUAUCUAUGCAGCUAAAAUACCCAUAUCCAUUGGCUUAACGUACAACAAUGUAAUAUCCACUAAUCCACUGAUUUGUUUGCUUAGGCUUUUAUAGCGAACAAUGAAAAUGAAACUGAGAGUUAUAAGUCAAGAUCACGAACUUCAUAGAAUCGAACUCUCUCCGAUUGGAACAACACCAGAGAUCACUGAGCGCUGAACGUCUUACUAAAUCGGCUGUAGAAAAAUAGUUGACAUGAGUUGAUGUACGUCGAUCUGAACUCAAAUAAUUAGCAGCGCUUAAAGUUUUGUUGUUAACUCUACAAUAUUGGUCGUCAUUAAGAACCAUAGUGGAGAGGCGGUCUCGUCACGACUAAAUCAAAAAUUGAAUCACCUAUUCCUACGAAGGGAAGUCAAGGAAAACACUUCCGCUGUGUCGCUCAAAGAUCUGAAAAUUCUUCGACAGAGAACUGAGAGACUUGUACGAUAUUCAUUCACAGAAAAGAAGAGAUACUUCUGGAGGUAUUUUUGGGAUCAACAUUCGUGUGGAUUACUAAAGCGAACCGAGUGGCAAAGCAAUUUGGAAAAUUUGUCGAGGUAAAAUAUCUAAAUAUCAAAACUAAUUGUUCCUGACAGAAAAAUACUCGAGGCGACUAGAAUUGAAGCAGCUAAUAAAGCGAAAUCUGGAUGUGAACAAGAAGGAUGUGAACAAGAACAAUUCUGAGAAACGUCGUCAUGGGAUUUGGCUAAGAGCCUUUAAAAACGAGGACGAGGUCAGUAACUAGACGUUCGUUAAAAAUAAGUUUAAACGACGUUGAAAUCAAGGAGAGACAAGAGAGAGGUUUCAACGCAUAAAAUAGAUUUAGAAUCCAAGUUUCAAGUAUCAAGAAACUAAGGCUGUUUAUGCGGGAAGUCAAUCAUCUUGGAAAACUGCAGUUUAGUUAAGAAUACAAAACAGUAGUGUAUCUGCAGAUCACUUAAGAGCAGUAUUGUGUUUUUAUUUUAAACAAGUUGUUUUGGUUCUAAUACAACGCAAUACCGACGAUAAAACGAGGGGCAGUCUUUGAUCUUGGCGAUUUUGAGAGGGAAUUACAUUGAAAAAGAAGAAUAUAAGCUCACGAAGAAAUCUAAACGCUGAAGACGUUGGAUUAGCGGCUAGAGAAAGAAGCCGAACCCAAAUAGAACUUUUCUUCUGAAAGAUAGACUGAAAGUUAUGAUGGAUUUUGAAGACGUGACUUCAAAAACAAUGAAUCGCUCGAACGAGAAUCUUACCACGACCAGUCAUGGACAGGGCUCGGGAGUAUUGCUCAACGAGCAAGAGUUAAAAGUGUUCCAAGCGACUAUGAGUAUUCUAUGUGUGUUAAUUGUUGCAACAAACGUCUUGGUUUGUUUACUUGUGUACAUCAACAAGAAUAUCAGGUCUUUUACUAAUGGUUUCGUGGUAUCGUUAGCGAUAUCCGACAUUAUGAUGGGUGCUAUUUUCUUUCCCGUUCACUUAGCUGUGCCUGACUUUUCUGGAAUAGGAUACAUGACAGCGAUAUCRCUUCUCCUUGGAGUAUCUAACGUCUGCUGUGUGACGUAUGAUAGGUAUCUGUCAAUCUCCUCACCGCUGACCUAUACCAUGGAUAUACAGCAGUUGUUCAAGAGAAUGAUCAUCGCGUGUUGGUCAGUACCAAUAUUGUUCUCACUCAUUCCAGUGAUUUGGGAUAAUAAUAGCUAUCUUAUAGCCCAUAAGGUGUAUAUCUUCAUCCUUGAGAUCGGUGGCGUCAUCAUUCCUUAUGCAUUCGUGUUUGCCGUGUAUUUUUACAUCUUCAAGCAGGUCCAAAAAUGCACCAACCGCCUACAGACCGAGCUUUCCGACCAACAAACCGUUCAAACCAAGAAAAAGAGGCUUUUUUUCGAGCUGAAGGUCGCCCGAGUCUUCAUCACUAUCGCUAGUGUCUUUCUACUAUGCUGGGCACCACUCCUCUAUAUCACCACCGCGGUCACACUCGGCCGUUCUGACCUGGUACCAGAAGUUCUAACCGUGAUUGCAUUCUACAUGUUAGCGCUUGAAUCAUUGAUCAAUCCUUUGAUCUAUUGCUUUCUGAAGCCUGAUAUACAAUCGGCUAUUCGAAGAACGAUCAGAAAAACAUGGCGUAGAGAUGUGACCAUUAGAUUUCACUCCAAAGCGGCUGAAAGUGCAGGAAUCAUUAUCGGGACCUCCAACACGAAUCUACGGAAUUGCCACAAUAGUAAUGAACACAUCAGCGCUAUUUGACUAUUACUAUAUCUUAUUCAUAGUAGAUACUGCACGAGUGGGAAACGUAGAACUCCGUGACGCUUAAAUGGCUUUUGGCACCACCGUGAUUGGAUGGUAUGUAUUUUCCUGCUCUUUGAUUGGUUGAAUUGUGAAGCCAUUUUAGAGUCACAUUAUAGAAUGCGCUUUCGACUUAAAAAAUUCUGCUAUGUAUAUGUAUAUAAAUAGAUUGUGAUUACGGUACGAAGGGGUUAGGGGUUGGGGAUAUAGAAAGCGGAGGGGGGUACGGUGGGGGGCAAAAAUGGGACGAAGAUGGAUGGAAAAGUUUUUUUUGAAAGGGAGCUCGAGCUAAAAAUGUAUAUAUUGUUUGAAUACAAGUAUAUCCGUAUAUUAGUCAUCCUCAUACGUUACUUUCGGGAAGAACGAAGCAGUAAAGACACGAUUCAUAGUAUUAUAACAACCUCUUAAAAAGUUAAAUCGACCUCGUUAAAGUUAAAAGUUAAACCUUCCAAAGCGACCAUUUCUCAGCGACAAUACCCAUUCAAAAUCUACCUACACUUUAAUGUGAGAUGUGAAAUGUGUACUUGUGGGCAUACAGCUUGGCAAUGAAUAAUAUAAAGAAACUUUCAAACAUUUUUAUUGAAUAUUUCGACUGCAAUGAGAAUUAGAGACAUCAUCUUAAAAUCGAAUUUUCAAUUCCACUUGCAAAUGAUGGCUGUAGUAUUAAAGUCAAAAUAUCCAGUAAAUGCUUCAAAGUCUUGUCAUAUUAUUCAUUACCUACGCUCUAGAAUAAAUCAUGUUCACUUAAUCUAAUCUCUAAUCCAAAUCGAUACUUCCUCUUUCGCUAAAUGUAUAUACUCAGCAGGGGUGGGGUGGGAUGAACGACUCUCGUAAGAUAUUAUUGAAAUAUUAGAAAUACUAAUCGUUAUCUUCAUUCAGUAAUAACACAGAAUAUAUAUGUAGUGUAAAUAUUGUAGGAUAUUAACAACAGGAAACACUUGGAAGCAGUAAGAGCGAUUUUACUGAGAAAAAAAUUAAGAAAUUUAUGGGGAAAAAAAGAACAU